AUGUGUGACAUUGAUCAAAUUUCGAAGCUAAACAAAGAAGUGAGAGUUACACUUAAGAUCAAAGAGCAAAUCAGAUUAAUUACCUUCCCAGAUCCAAAAGAUAAAACAAAAUUUACUGUAUUAAAAGAUAAUGAUAGUCUCAAAUUACACAGAAAUUUACCUCUUAUUUACGUUGAUCCCAAGAAAGACGGGAAAUUUAAAUACCCAAAGGUAAAAAUUCUGCCAUUUUCCACAAAUUAUUCGAAUUACUCAGAUCUUUCGAAUUUUACAGUUCCAACAAAGAGAGCAGAUUCACAACAAGUCUCCUCAUUCUCUCUUUAUUCAAGCUCAUCAAAUUUCAAACCAAUUUCACAAAGUAAUACAAUUUCAAGAUAUCCAUCAAGUAAAGUCGAAUUCCCAUCUAUCGCAUCUCAAAACUUAACGAAUUACUCAACAGAUUUCUCUUCAAAACCAAAGAGAGCCAUAUCUUAUACUUCAUCUGAUAUUUUUAUGCGCAGAACUCCAGUACAAUCAGCCUAUUCUCAUCCAGGCAUGAUAGGAUGCAAGAAUCUUGGUAAUACUUGUUAUUUUAAUAGUGGAAUUCAAUGCAUUAUGCACUCAUUACCUUUAACUCGUUUUCUUUUAGGUGAUGAGUGGCGUGACGACAUCAAUGAGACAAAUCCACUUGGUAUGAAAGGAAAACUUGUUCGCCAGUUCGCAGCUCUCACAGCAAGAGAGUGGCUUGGCGAAGAAAUAGCAUUAAGUCCAGAUGGCUUAAAAAGUGUCACCGGCCAAUUUGCGCCCCAAUUUGCUGGUUACCAACAACAAGACCCACAUGAACUGAUCAUGUUCAUGCUUGAUGGUAUCCAUGAAGAUUUGAAUAGAUGUCGAACUAAACCUAUGGUUGAACAAGUUAUUGGUGAUUCUACAAACGACUUGGAGACAUCACGAGAGGCAUGGCAUAACCACAAAUUGCGUAAUGAUAGCAUUGUUGUUGAUCUUUUCCAUGGACAACUCCGAUCUCGUUGUAUUUGUCCUCAAUGCGGACUGACAACAGUUGUUUUCGAUCCAUAUGUUGCUAUUUCAUUACCAAUAUCACCUCCAAACCAAAAGGUUGUCGAUAUCUUGUUCAUUCCUUAUGACAUGCAAACAGCACAUAAAUGGUUGACUGUCAAAGUUCCAAGGAACGCUUCAGUGAAGGACUAUGAAGAUGCAGUAUUCCGAGAAACAAAUCGAGAAGUCGCAGUUGCAUUCACUGCUGAUUUUCAGAAUGGAAUGCGAUUGUAUUGGGAUCCAACACAAGCCAGAUAUUCCGCAGCAUUGACAAUUAUUGCAUUUGAGAUUCCAGAUGACUCAUUGGCAUAUGUUCCAGUUCAAUUGGAAUUCAACUUUGCACCAGAAUUCUCAUACAUGUUGACAACAAAAGCUCCACUUUUCAAACCAUUUUUAGUUGAAGUCAAUUUUAUGAGUAUCACUCCAGAAGAAUUGCAGAUGCAAGUUGAUGAACGAUUGGACUAUCUUUGGGAUGGAGACAUUUUAUACUUAGAUUCAGAAGAAAAUGAAAUAACAACAAAUAUUUACAAUAAUAAUAGUAUUCCUGGUUUCUUCAAAUUUAAUAUGAAAUAUAAUACUAACAACAACAAUAAUAAUAAAAUUGAAGAAAUUCAUUUAAUAAAAAGUGACAAAAGUGAUGUAUCAAAAAGUGACAAAUUAGAUGAAAAUGAGUCUGUGAAAAGUGACAAAAAUAAUGAAUCAGAGAGUGAAGAAUCUAACAAAGAAAAAGAAUCAGAAAAUUCAGAUAAAAGUGACGAAACAAAAAGUGACAAAAGUGAACAUUCUGACAAAGAAAAUGAAACAGAAAGUUCAGAGAAAAUUGAUGAAUCAAGUCAUUUACAAAAAAAAGAUAAAAAUGAAGAAGCCAAAAGUGACGGUUCCAGAAGUUACAGAUCAUAUGAUUCAGAUUCUAGUGAAAAGCCAGAAGAAGAAUCAAAAAGUGACAGUGAUAAAAGUGACACCAAUGAGGAUAAGAGUGAAUCCGAAGUUGCAAGCAGUGGAAAGAACAUGGCUAGAACACAGCACAUUUUUAUUGGAGAAAGAAAUCCUAAACCAUUCCAGUUUUCACGAAUCAAUCAGAGAUUUUCAGUUUUCAGUGAUGAAAGCAAAUCAUCAGAGAAAGGAGAAGAACUGGAUGAACCAAAGAUAAUAUCCGAACAUUCCGAAGAAAAGAAGAGUGACAAAUCCGAAAUUUCUGACACAUACGAUAGCAAAAGUGACAAAUCUGACAAAUCCACUCAUAAUGAAGAGGAAGAAGAAGAAAAAGAAAACCAAAGUCACAUUAAUAAAACACCUUUCUUUGAAUCAGAUGUCCAUGAAUCAUCAGCUAUUGAAUCACACGAAAAUGAAGAAGAAGAUAAUUCUCAUGAAGAAGAAAUUUCUUCACAUCAUGAAGAGGAAGAAACUAAAGAUGAAGAAGAUAAUUCUCGUUCUGAAAUAAAUGAAUUCCAUCAUAAGGAAGAAGAUAAUUCUCAUAAACAAGAAUUAAACCAUCAUGAAGAAGAAACUAAGAAUAAUGCAGAAAUUGAUUUACAUCAUGAGGAAGAUAAUUCUCAUGAAGAAGAGUCAAAACAGGAAGAAUCUAAUACACAUGAAAUCAAAAUUGAAGCUAAUCAUGAAGAAGAAACUAAAAAUGAUGAAACUAAUUCUAUUGAAGAACAAUCACAUCAUGAAGAAGAAACAAAACAAGAAGAACAAAACAAAGAUGAAGAAGAGACACACAAUAUAGAAGAAACUAAACAGGAAGAAGAAAAUAAUUUGAAUCAUGAAGAAGAGAUGAAACAAGAAGAAGUUGAUUCUCAUGAACAACAAUCAGAAAAUGAAGUGGAAACUAAAAAUGAGGAAACUGAUCCUCAACAUGAAGAAAUCAAUUUGAAUCCAAUUCAGAAUGAGGAAAAUAAACCAACUCUUCCAGAAGAAGGUGAAAAAGAAUCAAAUCAUGUUGAAAUAGAAGAAACCGAACAACAUCAUGAACCAGAUAAUUCUUAUAAUCAAGAGAAUACAAUUCAUGAAGAAACAGAAAAACCAAAUGAAGAAGAAUUAAAUCAUCAAGAAGAAAAUAAUGAACAAAAUUUGGAGAAUCAUGAAAACGAAUUAAAUCAUGAAGAUGAAAACUCAAAGCAAAAUCUUGAAAAUGAUGCAGAACCCGAAUCUAUUCAUGAAGAAGAAUCAAAUAAUGAUGAAAAUAAACCAGAAGAAGAAGAAAAAGAAGAAACAGAUGAUUCAAAGCAGGAAGAAGAUAAAUCAGAAGAAGAAACAACAAAUGAAGAAGAAAGUCAACAAGAAGAAAAUCAAUCAAAUCAAGAGUCAGAAGAAGAGAAAUCAGAAAAAGAAAUUGAAAUGAAAGAUCCUGAAUCAAACAAAGAAUCCGAAGAAGAACAAAACAUUGAAGAACAUCAAGAUAGUUCCAUUGAACAUCAUGAAGAAAUUGUUGAAAAUGAAGUACAACAACAAGAAAAACAAGAAAUUCAGAAUAAUGAAAUUCAUAAAGAAACACAAAUCAAUGAUUCAGUAAUUCCUCAAAUUGCUAUUGAUGAAGAACCAGAGAAACAUAAUGAACAGCAAGAAAAUAAAGAAAAUCUUGAUGAAGAAGAUAAACAAACUCAUGAAGAAGACACCAAAGACAAAGAAGAAACGCAUGAAAUUGAAGAAAAUCAUGUUGAAGAAAAUGAAAAACAAGAUAACAAUCAACAAGGAAUUGAAGAAAAUAAUGAACAACAAGAAAAUAAAGAAGAUCAUGCUGAAGAAAUUAAGCAAACUCAUGAAGAAGAAGAUUCCAAAGAAAACGAAAAAAUUCAUCAAGAAGAAAUUAAAGAAAAUGAAAAACAAGAAAUUUCAAUUGAAGAAACUCAUGAAAACAAAGAAUAUGAAGAAGAGAAACAAAAUGAGAUUGUUCAAAAUGAAGCAAAUAAAGAAGAACCAGAAAAUCAUCAGGAAGAAAUCGAAGUCAAUCUUGAUGAAUCACAUGAAGUUAGUGAUAAUAAUGAAAAAGAAAAAGAAAAUAAUAAAGAAGAAACAAAUCAUGCUGAAUCAAAUGAAAAGAAAGAAGAAAACAAAAUAAAUGAGUUUGAUGAAUUACUCAAAAGUUUUUCAAAACAGAUUGAAGAACAAAAAACAAAUGAUGAAUUUGAUGAAAUUCUUAAAUCUCAAGAGAAAUCACAACCAAUCAAAGAAGACGAAAAGAUUGUCGAAUUAGACAGUUUGAAUUUGUCAGAAACAAAUGCAGCAGCAAAUUCACCAGAUUCAAUUCUUAAAGAACUUGAAGAAAAUGCUAAAGAAAUUCCAACAGAAACAGAAUCAGAAUCAUCAGAAGACUCGCAAAAAGUUAUCAACACAUUAUUCCCUCCUUCAUAUGAAACAAAAACAACAGAACAACCUAUUUAUGCUCCUCGUCCUUCUAGUUUCUCUACAUUCACAGUUCCUGCUCCACUUCCUUCUCUUUCUUCACAAAUUAAUUCUCAAAUUUCUUCUCAAACUCCUUCUCUUCCAGAACAUCCAGACAGAUUCCCAGAAGACAAAUACAAUGAAAACUUGACAACAGAAAUGAUCAAGAUCAAGAACAGGUUGAGAUUGAGUUCGGAAGGAUUCAAUUCGAACGAACGAGUCAAAAUCAAACAAUCAUAUUUCAGUUAUGCAUCCAAUUUUGUUCCUUCUCCUCUUCACGACAACAUAUCAUCUAAUGUUGUCACAUUCCAAAUGAACGGUUCUAAGAUGGAUGUCAAGAAAGGUUUCCUUAUUCCAGAACUUUUGUUCCACACACAAACGGACAACGAGAAGAAGACAUCAAACGGAGAUCGUGAACAACCAGUUACAUUGGAACAGUGUUUCAAGUAUUUCAAACAAGAAGAGACACUGGAUGAAGAAAACACAUGGUUCUGUCCACAUUGUCGCGAACAUGUCAUGGCUAAUAAAAAGAUGGAUAUCUGGAGUUGUCCUAAGUUACUUGUCCUUCAACUUAAGCGAUUUGAAACAACCGAGACAGGCUCAGUUAAAGACGACCGUCUUGUUAAAUUCCCAAAUAUUUUGGACAUGAAAGAUCACAUCGUUGGUCCUAAACCUAAAUCAACUGUUUACAAACUAUAUGGUGUUUCAGAACACUUUGGUUCAUUGACAGGUGGUCACUGCACAGCGAAGGCAACAGUUCCUCAAAAGAACGGUCAACGAAAUUGGUACUAUUUCAAUGAUUCUCGAUGCGAACGAUCUUCAUUUGAAGAUGCUCUCAGUCCUGCUGCUUAUGUCCUUUUCUACGAACGAAUCGACGGUGUUGAAGAUGAUGAACUUCCCGUUGUCAACGAUUUAAAUGACACACAAGCACCUGAUUACUCUAAUUCUUCUUCAUCAUCAUCUUACUUCUCUACAUUCCACGGAAGUUUAUAUUAA